UACCUCCUUGGGGACUCGAAGGAAAAGAAUUUUCCCAGCAAGGAAUGCGCACAGUCCCAUCUGAAUUGGUGUUCUGGCAUAACUUAGAAAUUUCAAAUGUCAGGUUCAUCUUUUGCCCCAAAAGUGUUGUGAAAAUUGUUCUCCAAUAGCAUAUCAUUGAGUCACGGUGAUUACUUAUUGGAUUUUAUUGCAAAUUCUGUGUAACGCGAACUUAAAAACCCCGAAGAAAAAUGUUGUGUUAUGAUAAUGGGUCGCAUUCCAAUGACGUCACAAAAUAAAAUGGCGCUGCUAUCUACAAUGAAACUCUCGUCGACGUCUUGACUCAAGCUCCGAAAUCCGCUUUAACGUUCGACAUUUCAGUGCAAAAACAGCGUCGAAUUUACUGUGAAUGUAUUAGUGAAUGAGUUUUAUUCUGUUCUUUGUUGUACUUUUGUGGGAAAUAUUGCCAUCGACAUGUCCAAGCGUAAUGGUGAGAUCCCUUUGCCUCAAGGAUGGGAGCUUGGUCGAGAUUACGAUGGCAAAGUGUAUUUUAUUGAUCACAACAGCAAGAAAACAACUUGGGUCGAUCCUCGAGACAGGUUGGUAAAGCCACAAACAUUUGCAGACUGUGUUGGAAAUGAAUUACCUUUGGGUUGGGAAGAAGCCUAUGAUUCUCAAGUUGGACCAUUCUAUACCAACCAUAUAACCCAGACCAAUCAGUUAGAAGAUCCUCGAUUAGAAUGGAGAUCUAUACAAGAAGCCAUGCUGAAAGAAUAUCUUCAAACUGCCAAAGAAGACCUAGAAGCCAAGAAAGAAAUCUUGGAUAUUAAACAGCAGAGAUUAACUAUUGCACAAGAUGAAUUUCAUUUAUUACGCCAUGCCUAUACGGGACUCGAUGCUUCGCGAACGUCUUUAAAUUCAACUAGCAGUGGAUCGAGCACAAAGUUUGAUCCCGAUUUAUUAAAAGCCGAUGUGGCUUUGGCUAAAAAUAGAGUGGCCCGGUUACGUCGAGAUUUAGAUGUUGCCAGAGCAGAAUUCGCUUAUCAGCAACGUGGUAUCGACAUGCUCGCACAAGCGGAGACCAAAUUGUCAAGUCUGCCUUGUGGUUACACGUUGCAAGAAGCUCAGGCUAUUAUGACUGAGCUACGGAACAUUCAACACUCGUUAUCAAGCGGUGAGAAAGAAAAGGCAGAAUUAAUGGCAUCCUUGUCUCGGUUACGCGAUGACUUAACCCGAUUGAAGCCGCUGAACAACGAUAUGUCACCAGAUUUAUCAACCUUAUCGCUACCACAGGAAAAAUUUAGCACGGCUUCUCAAACAGAUUUAUCAGGAGAAUCGGCUCCAAUUGGAACACGUUUGGCUGAAAUGGCCCGAACACGACUGCAAUACGAUGAAGCAAGAAAACACUUGCAAUACCUUCAGCAGAAAAUGGCUGAACUCGAAGAUAGAAUUGCUCCCGGUCAGAGUGAAUCAGAUAAAGACCGACUACUCCUCAUUCAAGAGAAGGAACAAUUGCUGCGUGAGUUGCGCAGCAUCGCACCAAGGUCACGCUCCAAAACUGAGAUGGAGUCUGUUCGGACCAAGAUACAGAGACUCGAGAAAGACCUCAGCCAAGCAUUGGAAGCUUCCAAUCGCACCAUUGCCGACCGGCUUAAACUCCACGAAGAAAAACAAAUCCUUUUACAGUCGAUGAGGCUAGCUUUGCGCAACGUAGCACUCUUGGAAGGACAGUUGCGUUCUUUGUCCGCCAGCACGUUGAGCAUGUCUAGUAGUUCCAGUUUAGGAUCCCUCUCGACUUCUUCGAGGAGCCACGCAUCUUCUAAAGGCUCCCUGUCAUCUGUUUUAUCCUUCACUGACAUAUACGGACCCCCGCAAUACUCUGCGAUGGCUAAUGCGGCCUUGCCCGGUCAUGUUAAUACGCCUGGAGAUAGCGGAUUGUCUGGCACACCAGUUGUUAACAUGGCUGAUUUACAUCGCCGCGUGGAACGCCUUCUUGCCAAUCGCGAAAACAAUAAUAUUAGCUCCAACUCUGUUUCCAUGCAAACGUCAGAACAGGAAGCUAUUUAUGCUAACCUGGUUGCACCGCCUAAUUUACUAAGUUGUAUUAAUUUCGACCAAACAGGGAGCGCAGUUAGUUACGAACCAAAUUCAUCUGAUUUGCUGUUCAACGGCCCAGCUUUUAAACACCGAUUACCUUCGGAACGGUCGAAUGAGUCUGGUGUUUUAAGCGGUCUGUCGCCGAUUCCGGAAGCUCAAGGACUUGUGAAUAUGUCUGGCAGUGAAGGUACGGACUGCGGAACCGUUUCAGCUUCGGCCAGUUGUGAGUCGGUGACGGGAGAUAGUGGAGUUUUCGACGCUUCGUCCAGAAGAACUUCGUCUUCGAAUCUCUCUCACCUUGAAACCGCUCAAGUAAAAGUUGGUCUUAGAUACGCGUUUGCAGAUGAAUUUCUGCAUGUUACUAUUGAAAGAGCGAGAAAUUUAGCUGCUCUUCUAAUUGAAAAUGGUCACAAAGUAUGUAUCAAGGUUACGUUGCUCCCUUGCCCGGUUGAAGCAGCAUUGUCCUGUUGCACAAGGUCUAUCACUGAUUUGUCACAAGCUGUAUUUGACGAAAGCUUCCGCCUGUCUGUAGCUUCUACGAAACUUGACACCAAAACGUUGCAAAUUUCCGUGUACUCACGGCCUGCCACGUCUGAUUCCCAUGAAGAGUGUUUGGGAUGGGCCCAAGUAUCCCUGGCUGAUUUUAGACCCGAUACCAAUUCCGUCAAGUGGUAUAAUAUAUUGGCACUUAGAUGCCUCUCCUCUAACAGCCAUCCCCUGUCUGGCGCAGCUAGUGAAACAGGGACGGGGCUUAAGGAAGAAAGUAGUGAUGAGUCAACAAUCGUCUCGUCGCAGCCUUCAACAUUAACUCGAAAUCAACGUGGUCCAAUGUCUGAACUGGAAAUAGUUGAACAAGGAACUGAUAGUGAAGAUGAAGAAAACAGUGAUGAUGAAAAUAGUGCAACAGACGAAGAAGCAACUGAAGGAGGAAAAAGUGUCAGCCAGGAAAACCUCGUCGACCAAGCACUGGAGCAGGCUGUACAUGAUAUUGAAGAAGAAGACGAAGAGGGAGAAGAAGAAGAAGAAGAAGAAGAACGAGUGUAUGCCGUAGAACCUGUUCAGGUGGCCAACAAAGGUACCAACACGGAAUGCGUAUUUCAACCUGAUCGAGGUGUAUUGCGUAGGCCGUUUGGAGUAGAUGGAAUUCAUCAUCGAGCCAUUUUAGUCAAGCGCUCACAAACUUUCUCGCCGAGCGCCGCUGCUAGCCGUGCCGAGUAUAUUUGCCGAUUGAACCGCAGCGAUAGUGAUAGCUCAAUGCCUCUGUAUCGUCGAGGACCUUUCCAACGGAACUCGGUCGAAAGGAGAUCUCUUCGCUGGCGAGCAAGCUCUUUGGCCGCAAGUGCUGCUGCACUGAGUUCUUUUGGAGAAGCCGUUCCUAUAAAAGAAAUCGCAGUUACAACUGACGCCUCUAGCAAAGGUUCCAGGCACCGAAAAUCACGCCAUCCAGCUCCUUUACCACCGAGAACAUCAGUGGAUUUGGAACUGGACUUGUUAGCUCAAAAUAAGCGUUUACAGGAACUGCAAGAAGAAUUAUCCAAACUUCGGGAGUUGAAGCGACGACUAGAAGAGGCCCGGUACCUUGGUAAUCAAGAUUUACCUGCAUGGUUGUCAGAAGACGACCGUCUUCAAGCGUUACUGGAGCAUGCGGAGAAGAGAAAAGAAGAAAAAACUGUUGAAGAACGUAAAUUAGAGAAGCUGGUGCGAAGAACCUCGCGAGAAAUCUACAGACUAAGAAAGAGCAAGGCCGGAAAAGGUCAAAUGGAUAUCAUAUCGUUUAAAGAAAAAAUGGCUUUCUUUACCAAGCCCAAUUCCUCGUUUUCGUUUCUUACACAUCCCAUCGACGAUGAUGAAGAAUCAUAUCUGACAAAUGCAAAAAUCCAAGAUGACCUCAAAGCUACUGGAGAUUCCUAUUGCCAAAAAAACGAAUCGGCAGAGGACGGGCAAAAACCUCGUCUAACUAGUGCUCAAAUCGCGGAGCAGAGAUUAGCGCAGCUUAGGAGUCAUGAAGUCAGGAAUUUGACGCUUGCCGAACUUCAGCGAUUGCAGCAUUUAACUGGAGAUGUUCAUUCACGAAGAUUGACCUUAGCCGAGCUACAAAAGCUGCAGCAACAGGCUCCCAUCGUUGAUAGUAGACAUGCGGAAUUACUCAAGCCCCGACCAGUCUCUUCUAAAGUCCAAACUGCUCAAGAAACCCACCCAAUGCCCGAGCCAACUGCCGAAAAUGUAAACCGUAAAAUGGAAUUUGAUUACGACUUGGAGUUGGGGGUUGAGGUUUAAACGGCAGAAUCAGAAGCCCUGAUUGAGUGGAAUCAUUCCGGUCACAUUUGGGCCUGCGUGUGAAAGGGGUUGUGACAUUUUCUUUUGUUUUCUUUUGUUUUCUUUUCAAUAAGCGAAUCUCUUCUGCUAGGGAGUUAACGAAAUUGUAAAUCUCUGGACCAUUAAAGAAAUCAAUGGCGAUCGAAACCGAAUGUUAAAAAAAAAAUAAGAUUUCCCUAUCUGGUAUCCGUUAAAAGAUAUUUUUCGAUUAUGUUUAAUUUUAAGUGAACAACGCGCCAAACAUUGUUAUGUUUCCUCCCCCCCCCCCCAGCCCCAAACUAGUUUCAGCGUAACAAUUCGUGCUCACCAAAAUUUUGUAUAUAAAUUCGGAAUUUAGAUCGUGACGUAAUUUUAAGUUUCGUUUCCUUUUUAAAUUGCCACUGACUUGUUUACAUGCUUCUUUUCUUUAUUCUCUCAGAGGAAAUGCUUUGAAUCCUAAUGUUGAUCCGUGUGUAUAACGCACGCACGUGCCUUACAACCCC